AUGUCAGGUCAACAAAAAGCAGAAGAAGCUAUCAAAGCUUCAGAACAAUAUGGCGAGAUAUUUAUGCCUAACAACUGUGGGAGAGUCAAGCUUCAGGACGAAUGGCCCCGGGCGCGCCGCACGGUCGCCGCACGCGGCCGCAGCACGCCCGCCCCGCGCCCGCCCCGCGCCCCCGAAUGCGGCACUGCGCUCCGUGACGAGUACACGCCUGCACCGCUCCCAUACACGCACGGCAUACGACAACAAAGUUCUUACACAUUCACGAUCAUGUUUUCUAAAGAAGCAUUAUUCCGUGCUCGGAAGCGUAUCCUGAAGUGCUUGGUGCAUGCUUACCUAAAGCAGGAGGGCUACUUCCACACGGCAGACACCUUCGUCUCGGAGGCCGCCCUCACUGGGGAGUACGAGGUCUGCGAUAACAUCGACCUGGACAUCAUACUGCAGGAUUACUGCAGCUAUUACUUGAUGAGGUUCAACAAGCAGCCUCAGUUCUGUCGCAAGGUGGAGGAACAGCGUCCAGUAAAAAGACCUCAAACCCGGAAGACCAGAGAGAGGACAGAGCCUAUUGCCCCACCGGAGUGUGAGUGCAAGGAAGGCGCUGAUCUACCGUCUACUUUCACUGUUACCAAGUUGUUGCAGGACGAACAAGCCAUCGAAACAAUAUCAGCAAUAGAAAGGAAGCCUAUAGCUGGUUUCCUCGCGCAUAUGACAAAUGAUAAGAAGCAGUUGGUGGAACUGUUGUACCAGGACAUCAUCAGGCCGACAGGGGUAUCUUGGGAUGAUGUGAAAGGACUCUCCUCAGCCAAGAGCUUGCUCAUGGAGUCCGUUGUUUAUCCUGUGCGAUAUCCAGAAGUGUUUACUGGACUGCUAGAGCCCUGGCGUGGAGUACUCUUGCACGGUCCUCCUGGCACCGGUAAGACGAUGCUGGCUCGAGCCGUGGCUGGCGAGAGCUGCUGCACCUUCUUCAACGUUUCCUGCAGCACCGUCAUCAAUAAAUGGCGUGGAGAGACCGAGAAAAUUAUCAAUGUCCUCUUCGAAAUGGCAUCCUACUACGCUCCCUCAAUAAUCUUCAUGGAUGAAGUGGAAACACUGGCAUCAGACCGCUCGUCUCCCGGAGAACAUGAGGCAUCCCGUCGUCUGAAGGCGCAACUCCUGACGGAGAUCGACGGCAUUGGAGGGAGAGAGGGCAUCAUAUUCAUUCUGGCCAACUCUAAUAUGCCUUGGGAAAUAGACCCAGCCAUGCUGAGAAGACUGGAAAAACGAAUAUACAUUCCUCUACCAGACUUUAAAACGCGUGAGGAGUUGUUCCAAAAAUACCUGAACGCCAAAAACGUGGAAUUGUUUCCGAAGGUGGACUUUAAAGAUUUGGCAUCGAAGACUGAGGGGUACUCCGGGAGUGAUAUCAAGUUGGUGUGCAAGGAGGCACUCAUGACUAAUGUUAGAAAGAUGCUGCCCUCUAUGAGUGGGAAAGGUCACCUACCGAAUCGCAAGGAUAGACUGAACUUGGCAGACAUUCUGACAGCCAUUGAGAAGACGAAGCCGGUCUCGAAGAACCUCACCAAGAGGCACGUGGAAUGGCAGAAUGAGAUGGGAUGCUCAUAG